CACAAGGGUUAAGAUUAAGGCCAUGAGAGGAUAUGGAUUGACCUGCAGCUCAAAAGUUCAACACUAACCAGAGAAACAAUUUACCAUAUAAAGGAUGAAGAAAGGCCUGGUCAAAAUUGCUAAAACAAGUAAAUUGAGUCAUGAAUGCUACCGUUGUAGCCAUUGAUAAAGACAAGAACAGCCAGCAUGCUGUCCGAUGGGCUAUUGAUCAUCUUGUGUUCAACAACCCACUUAUUGUUAUUGUUCAUGUUCGACACAAGAACCAUCACUAUCGUAGAUGCUGCCAAUGGAAAUGAUUCUGAAUCGGACGAGGUGCAACAGCUUUUCAUUCCCUUCCGAGGAUAUUGUGCUCGUAAAGGGGUUCAAUUAAAGGAGGUUGUACUUGAUGAGACAGAUGUUGCAAGAGCACUCCUGGAUUAUAUCAGCAAACAAUAUGUCGGAAGCAUUGUUGUUGGGUCUUCAACAAGAAAUGCUCUUACCAGAAAAUUCAAAAACCAAGAUGUGCCAACUAGCUUGAUUAAAGCUGCACCAGAUUUUUGUUCUGUUUAUGUGAUUUCUAAAGGAAAGAUAAUGUCUGUGAAAACAGCACAAAGGCCUGCUACUAAUCCUCCAAUUCCACCAAAGGUACCAUCUCCAUUAGCACUUCCAGCUCCACACCCUGUUGAUUAUUUUGAACAUGAGGAUGCAAGUAGAGGAAAGCAUGGCAAGGGAUAUUAUAGAAAUGCAGGAUCAGAAAGGCUUCAUUUAGAGAAGAACAGUGAUCCCUUGAGAGGGCCGUUGAAAUGCAGAGCUCCAGCCAGUCUUUUUAUUGACACCAUGGACGUUUCAUUUCCAGGGACAGGAAUGAGAAUCUCAACGAGUCGUGAUUCUCCACAUGAAGAAACUGAUUUUUCUGUACCGGGUUCACUAGACGUUGCAGUCCCAAGUUCUGAAAGUUCUCAGGCGUCUCCCAGGGAGGGUGUUUCACAAAAUGCACGGGACUUAGAAUCUGAGAUGAGAAGACUGAAGCUUGAGCUCAAGCACACCAUAGACAUGUACAGUACAGCUUGCAAAGAAGCCCUCUCAGCCAAGAAGAAGGCUUGUGAGCUGCAUCAAUGGAAAAUGGAGGAGGCUCGGAGAUUUGAGGAAGCUAGGCUUUCUGAAGAGGCAGCUCUUGCCAUUGCAGAAAUGGAAAAGGCCAAAUGUAAAGUUGCUAUGGAAGCAGCAGAGAAAGCCCAGAAGCUGGCGGAGAUGGAAGCACAAAAAAGAAAAUACGCAGAGAUGAAAGCCAAACGAGAGUCAGAAGAGAAGAAUCGUGCUCUGAAUGCUUUAGCACAUAAUGACGUACGUUACAGAAAAUACGCUAUUGAAGAGAUAGAAGAAGCCACAGACAAAUUCUCACUAGCCAAUAAAAUUGGUGAAGGAGGAUAUGGACCUGUGUACAAAGGCAGGCUUGAUCAUACACCCGUUGCCAUCAAGGUUUUGAGACCCGAUGCUGCUCAAGGGAAGAAGCAAUUCCAACAGGAGGUUGAAGUACUGAGCUGCAUAAGACAUCCACACAUGGUCCUUCUUCUUGGUGCCUGCCCAGAGUACGGAUGCUUGGUUUAUGAAUACAUGGAGAAUGGCAGCUUGGAAGACAGGCUGCUUCGAAGAGACAACACCCAUCCAAUUUCAUGGAGGAAAAGAUUCAAGAUAGCUUCUGAGAUUGCAACUGCUCUUCUAUUCCUCCACCAAGCAAAGCCGGAGCCGCUAGUCCACCGGGACCUUAAACCAGCAAACAUCCUCUUGGACCGGAACUUCGUGAGCAAGAUCAGCGACGUUGGCCUGGCACGCUUAGUCCCACCGUCAGUAGCUGACAGUGUCACACAAUAUCACAUGACUUCAGCUGCUGGUACAUUUUGUUACAUAGAUCCUGAGUAUCAACAAACAGGAAGGUUGACAACAAGAUCAGACAUAUACUCGUUGGGAAUUAUGUUUCUUCAAAUCAUCACCGCUAAACCUCCAAUGGGUCUUGCACAUCACGUGGGGAGGGCCAUUCAAAGAGGAACAUUUGAAGAGAUGCUUGAUCCUUCAGUGCCGGAUUGGCCUGUUGAAGAGGCAUUAGCCUUUGCUAAAAUGUCACUCAAAUGUGCUGAGCUAAGAAAGAAAGACAGGCCAAGUCUUGCUACGGUUAUAGUGCCAGAGCUUAACAGAUUGAAAGAACUUGGAAGGCACGGACACAGCAGUAGUAGUCGUAGUGUGAGCCCUCUUCCACAUUCUUCCUCAAACGCCUUGCAUCCAUAGAUGCUAAACCGAACUCAGGAGAUGGCAUACGAGACAGCUGAUAUGUGAAAUUCACGUCGUCUGAGAGAAGAAAGAAGUUGAGCUGGAUGGAUCAAACUGGAAAGCUGCUGGCUGAUGAACAAAAGAAGGAAAUUGAAAGAUGCUGAUCAGUGGAGUAGCUAGUUUGUUAUUAAAGUUCAAUUUAAGAAAGAAAUGUAUAUCAGAAGCAAUGGAAAAAAACAAGAACUAUACAUUUUCAGAAUUUUUUCAGUUCUUGUUAAAAAUGGCGACCGGAAAUUGUACUAGAAAAUUUUCAUUAUUGUUGUGCUUGCAGCACAAUAGAUAGUUAUUUUGUUCAUAACAGUGUACAAUCUUGAAGUUCCUG